AUGAGAUAUUUACAGAAGAUCAAACUUGUGAGCAAUCAACAGAGCAGAAGAAGCAAUCAAGCUCGUAGUCGUAGUAGUGGUGCUUCCCGCAAGAUCCCUGAGCUCCCCCGCCCCCUCCGUCGCCGCCUUGGCUCUCCUCCCAGCUUCGAUCGAAGUCUUCCCAAUCUCACGGCGAAGAAGAAGAAGAAGAAGAAGGUUUCAGAGUCCCCCGCGGCCGCGCUCAUUGGGUUCCGGAGACUAGUUUGA